CUGGCCAGUCUGCCUCUGCGCUUCGUCGAGAGAAGGCGGCGCGCGCGCAGUGGAUUAUAAAAAAAUCUAGGUCGCGCUUAUGUUAUAGCUUAUGAGUGGCCGGUGACCACAAGUGUAUCCUAACGGUUUUAUACGUUCUACAGUUUUUUAAAAGAAAUGUUGUGUUAAAAUCGGAAAUCUAUGUGGGCCGAGUGUUGAAGCUUAAAAAGCGGAUAUCGUUCAAGUGUUUCUUGGAAGUGGUGAAUUGAUUUUUGUGAAUGAGUCAGCUAACGGGCGUCGGGAUUGUUAACAUCGUCAACGUCCUGCCUACGAUCUCUGAAGGCGUGACAAUGAGAGAAAAAAGGGGAGGCGCUAUGAGCAAAAUGCAAAAGCUCAGAAAGCGCUUGUCUCUAAGCUUCGGUAGAUUAUCAACAAAAGACGAGUCGGAAGGCGAAGACAAAUGCAGAGAUCGACAGUUUGGUGGUAGCGGCGCGCGAGGUAAACUACCCUACAACGGAUACUCGGAAGAAUGCCUCGAUCGAUUAGAACCAAACGGAAAUAUACCUAAUGAUAAGGAUUCACAUUAUGAUUGGAGUGGCAGUGGCAACGGAGAGUAUCGGGUUCGAAGACAGCUCUCAGUAUCAUCAGACUCGAAAUUACUAGAUGAGGGGGCGAGAGAGGAGGCAAGGGUGAUUAUGAGGCCGAAGCGACCACCCAGGCCCAAGUCUGAAGCGUUCCUAGGACCACAUGAAAAUUCUAACAGGCGUACCAAGAGAUUUAGUGCAUUUGGGGGUGACUCUCCAUUCGGGAAAUCCGAAGCGUAUAUAAAGCUGGAGCAACUCGGCGAAGGGUCGUAUGCCACAGUGUACAAGGGCUAUAGCAAUUUAACACAGCAAGUUGUGGCGUUAAAAGAAAUCAGACUGCAAGAAGAAGAAGGCGCACCGUUCACGGCAAUACGGGAAGCGUCGCUACUCAAAGAACUGAAACAUGCGAAUAUUGUUACGUUACACGAUAUCGUACAUACAAGAGAGACACUGACGUUUGUCUUCGAGUUUGUGGAUACGGAUCUUUCACAAUAUAUGGAGAGACAUCCCGGCGGUCUUAAUCGUCAUAAUGUUAGGCUGUAUAUGUUCCAAUUACUUCGAGGCUUAUCGUAUUGCCAUCGAAGACGGGUUCUUCACAGGGACGUGAAACCUCAAAACUUAUUAAUAAGUUCGCACGGCGAGCUGAAGCUAGCCGAUUUCGGUCUUGCUCGGGCAAAGUCGGUGCCUAGUCACACGUACUCACACGAAGUUGUCACGUUAUGGUACAGGCCACCAGAUGUACUGCUGGGCAGCACAGAAUACUCAACUUCUCUGGACAUGUGGGGUGUGGGUUGUAUUUUCGUGGAGAUGCUUUGUGGUGUACCCACGUUCCCCGGAGUACGGGACACCAACGAUCAACUUGAUAAGAUUUUCAAGGUUCUCGGAACUCCAACAGAGGAAAGUUGGUCAGGUGUAACUCGCCUACCGGGUCUGCGCACGCACAUUGCCCGUUGGGGCUGGUGCGCAGCUAGACCCCUCGCAUCGGCUUUUCCGCGCAUGCGCGACGCUGGCAGGGAUGCGCAGAGAUUAGCCGCGGCGUUACUACAGCCUGAUCCGACGCGUAGGUUGUCAGCACCGAGGGCGAUGAGGCACGAUUACUUCGCGGAACUGUCUUCACGUCUUUCCGACUUGCCGGAUGAGGUGUCAAUAUUCACAGUGGAAGGCGUAAGUCUCCACCCAGAAGAAUAAGAGCCCACCGAAGCGAACUUUUAGUUGAAUCUUUGUUCCUUCUGUCGACAUCGCGUUUCGGCAGUCGACAUUACGUUUAUCUAGUGUCGAUAACGUUCAUUAGUUAGUACGUUCCAAUUCCUAUAGUUUUAAUGCAAAUUCCGGUUGACAUUUUGUCGAAGGACCAAAAAGUGAUAUUCUCCCAAUUAAGACGUACACUGAUUGUCAUCCUUUGAUUCUACUGUACUAGUGAAAAAUUUGUAUAGCAGUUUCAGGGAUCGGGUUCUGUUGAUAACACCUAUCUAUCGAUUUGUACCACGAUAUCUCUUUGGUCAGUCAACCUUAAUUUAAACUAAUCCUUUAUAAAUAAAGUCUUGUGUGACCGGUCACCAUCAAUACAAUUUCUUAGCGAUAGCCUUAUAAUUAAUUGAAUGUUAUAUCGGAUUCUUGAAAUACCGCGGUACAUAUCGAAUCAUCGAUGUCACGGUGUCAACACUUUUAAGCUUCAAUAUCCAUCCAUAUGAUUCAAUUAUUCUAUGGUGACAAGGUAAUCGUUAGAUGUCGAUUGUAUUAUAUUGAAUAGCUGGCUUGCUAACUGACUUAUUUGCAUAAAAUUAAAAAGUAUUUAUAAAUUUUGAAGAAAAUAGCAAAUAAUUGUUUAUUUUCAGGACUUUAAGUUUAGAACAGGUAAACGUUUUAAUUUUUGUUAAAUAUAAAUCUACAAAGAAGAAAUGAUUACUUGAGGAUAUUUGCGAAGUCUGCUAGCAAGCCCGCAAUGCAGUGUGCCAUGUAUUGUAUAAUUGAGAGCGAUUUAUUUUAAAAGAAUUUUUACGCUGGAUAUAUGCUCAUAAUUUUGGGAGAAAUUUUGAAGAUGUUUAUUUAUAUUAUAAGCGAUAAGUAAUGCAGUCUUAUGAGAGCUAGAUGCACCCUUUUUAAUUGGACAUGCACAUUCCUUCCAAAUUAUCGUUCCACUUUGCUUAUCGGAUUUAAAAUAAAAAAAGGAGCUAAUGAAACAAUUUAAAUAAUUUUUUUCAUUAAAACUAUUGCAGUUUGUUAAAGGGGCCGUUCUAGUAUUAUGUAAGCACUAUGGGGGGGAUGGAUUUUAGUUUUCUUAUAUGAUGAUUACGUAAUUAUUAAUUAUUUAAUUUUUACAAAUAUGUCCUUCUAUCUUCUAUGUGCUUCAUUGUCUAUGCUUGUAAACGAAAUGCAUUUUAGCGGAUUCCUACAACAUUUUGAGAGCUUUGCUACCUUUUGCUGACAAGGGGAAGGGGGGGGAUAAAUUGGAGUAAUUCUGUUUACGUAAUACUUGAACGUCCCUAAUGAAAAAAUUGCAAGAAAUGUGGGUAGUCCUUAACGGCUAAAUUUAAAGCCGGUAGGCAUAGUGCGAUCGUGCACAUCAUUAACCGUCUUUUGAAUUGCCUUCUUCAUUUAUUAUCGAGCGAUGGACUGACAGUGAUA